GAUUAAUCUCUCUCAAUCUGAUCAGUGUGUGAGGUGGACUGAUUCACUACAGUGGACAGGGACUCAGGGACUCUCAGGUUUUCAUUUUUCGGUGACGGAGGGAGAACACUGUGAUUUCUGAUUGUGAUGGGUGGAUCCUCUGACGAUGGAGAUCUUUGUGAUCAUGCUCCCUGAUGUCUCCUCUCCAACAACAAACAAGUCAACACAACCUUUACUUUAACUGGCAUCGCACAUUUUGAUGUGAAGCCAAGCUCCUUAGACUUACUGGAUGGGGAUCAUGAGGAACUCUCAGUCUCGACACAUGUUCCUUGUUCCCUUUGGGUUUUCUUUACUUCUCCUUUGCCCUUCGACUGCCAGCUCAGGGUCUGACUAUGACUACGGGGCUCACCCACGCUUUGUUUGCACCCCUAUUCCUGCGGAUGCAGACCCCGCCUGCUUCCCUACAGGGGGUCCAGGUGUAGGGGCAGCACGUCCCAGUGGUCCAGGCCAUCAAAGUGCACCUCCUGCUGGCUGGUGGGGGGCGAGCGAGGAGGCGAAAGCCACCAUCCUCCACCUGAGGGAGAGCCUUGUCCAGCAGAAGGAGACCAACCUGGACCAGAGAGAGACCAUCAGGGAGCUGACGGCCAAGCUCACCGUGUGCGAGGGCCUCGGCGUGGCAUCGCACCCCCAUCACGCGGGGGUGGCCGGGCACUAUAGCAACCAGCAGGGUCACCAUGGAAACCUCAUACCGGACUCACCGCACUUCACCUCUGUGGGGGGGCAACCGGCCGACGGGGGGCACAGCAUCCACCACCAGGAGAAGGAUAAGCAUGUGACACCAGGGGACAUCACAUCGUCCCCAGAGCAGAGGGAGAGGAUGCUGCAGGCCCUGAAGGAGAGGCUGGACAAUCUGCAGACGAGGAACACAUCCAUCACCUCCUCCAGCUCUCUGAGGGAGCUGCUUCAGAGGAAGAUCAGCGCUCUGGAGCAGCAGCUGCACCAUCGCACCUCCGCCCACAGCGGCCCAGACCACCACCACGAAGACGGCAGCCGCCGAGACCAUCGCCAUGGCGACCGCCAUGACGAUGGACACCCAAAUGACCACAAGGACGACCACAACGAUGGCGGUCACAGUGACAACGGGAGCCAUGAUGACCGCCACGAUGAUGAUCGCCACGGUGAUGAUCGUCACGGUGAUGACCGUCACGGUGAUGACCGUCACGGUGAUGACCGCCACGGUGAUGACACGGACCAUGCUGACGGUCACCAUGACGAUGACGGCCACCACAGUAAUGGAGCAGAUAGUUACCUUUCACACACAGGAUACAGAGAACCCGGCCCGAGGACUGGUUUCCACUCGAAUAAACUGGAAGCGAUGCUCCACCAGCUGCACCUCACAGGCUCUGCCAGGACAAAGCUUCACAGUCCGGACGCCUUCCAGAUCAGCUUCCCCAUAAGAAGCAACUACAUGUACGGCCGGGUGAAGAAGACGCUGAUGCAGGAGAUCUUCGCUCUGACUUUGUGUCUUUGGAUCAAGGCGGGCGUGGGGCCCGGCCUGGGGACGCCCUUUUCUUACUCGGCACCCGGACAGGCCAAUGAACUGGUGCUCAUCGAGUGGGGGGACGACCCCAUGGAACUGCUGAUCGAUGACAAGGCUGUGGCGCUCCCUCUGACGCUCGCUGAUGCAAAGUGGCACCACGUGUGUGUGACCUGGUCCACGCGGGACGGCCAAUGGGAGGCCUACCAAGACGGCGUGCAGAGGGGGUCCGGGAUGAACCUUUCUCCUUGGCACCCUAUCAAACCUGGAGGGGUCUUCAUCCUGGGACAGGAACAGGACACUCUGGGAGGCCGCUUCGAUGCCACUCAGUCGUUUGUGGGUGAGAUGUCCGGAGUGCACAUGUGGUCACAUGUCCUGACUGCCAGUGACAUCUCCAGCCUGGCGUCCUGCGGCAGCCACCUCGGAGGAGACGUCGUGGCUUGGUCCGAGACGGAGGUGGAGCUGCAUGGAGGCGUCGCCAAAUACCCCUUUGACCCGUGUCACUGAGAGGCCAUAACACCUGGGGGGGGGGGGGGGGUAGAUCCUUGAAUGUACUAAGAACAUUUAUUAUAGAUCAAAAAGUGUGAGGAUAAAACAAGUCCCUUUGGCUUUAGGAUGAUCAUUCAGCGGCACCAACUCAAUGGCUUCCUCUGAACUUAACCAGAUACCUUUUAUUUAAAAAGAUCAAUAUCAAUAAGUGGUGUCUGUGUUUUUAUUGAGACUGUGUAGAGACUUAGUGGCCUUAGGUUUUGGGCUCCACUGUAAUCCUGAGCUCGUGUUGUAUGUGACAUAUUGUCAUAUUGUUAUUAAGACGUAAUACUGUAGGACUGUGGUGACAUCAGACCGUACAUGUGUCCUGUUGUGGUGACUAACUGUUGUUAAUUUGGAUUAUAGUCAUAGAAAUGUGUUGAGGAAUCCAUUUGUAAUCUGGAUACUUCUGGUGUACCAGAAAAUACAGCUAAUGUACCAAAGAAAACGUAGAAUUGAUUUGUGUUACACAACUCUAAUAGUGUACGUGUCAUAGAUAGAUUUGUCUUUUGGGUGGAAUACUGCGGAGCCGAUCGAUUGAACUCAGAGUUUUACAGCAUAAACUCGACAAUGCAUCAGUUUGUUCACUUAAUCGCUGACAUGCAUCACUUUUUCCCCCCAAUUUAUUUUAAUUAUCCAUUUGAAACUGUGUAUUUUGUGUGAUUAAGUCAUUGCACUGUGGCUUCUUAAUUUCUCACAUGAUCUGGGCUUGACUGUAUAUGUGUUACAAAGUUUACUGUAUAUAAACAAUGAGAUUAGGCCAGGUUAGAUUUUUGACAUUACGAAUUGUGUGCGUUUGUGAUUUUCUCUUGUAAAUGUAAAUAAAGGUUGUUGUUCAUCA